AGUGUUGUCAAUGGUGGAAUUAACUCAUAAUGUUAACUCAAAUGCUACACGUAUGUAAAUAAUUGAGGUCAUUUAACUUUGAAUUUCACUACAGUAUGUUAGCCGUUUGUACAGUAUGUUCUGCUUUAUUUAAUUCCUCAUAAAUGAAUAUAUUAGGUAGUUGGACUAUUUGUCUGCAGUACGAGAACUUUAAGUUUCCUUUUAUAUUCAAAACAAUUUCACAACAGCGCAACGACUGCUUUUGUUUUCAAAGAGGAGAUUUUGAAAAUGCCUUUAGCAUGAAGAAACAAAACAACAAAGUGUCUAUUCUAUCAUUUUCAGUGCAGGAAUUGUACUUCGAAUUAGGUUUUUUACAGUGUUGUGCUGCUACUUCUACAUAAGUAAAAAUAUCUAAACUCUUCUGUGAUUUCUGACAGUUACUUUACUCAUAAACAGACUUGCCACUAUAAUUGCCAUUGAAGGGAAUAAAUAUGGUGUGAUGUAGUAAGGGCAUAUUAAGCUGAGGAUCAAAAGGUCAGGGGGGUUAUGUAGAGCAAUGUGUUUUACUCUUCUCCAGUAGCUCACCAGGAAGUAAAUGGAUGACUAGAGAAAAGAGUUCUUGUAUAUUGUUUUAAAGACAUGCACUGUGAGUUAAAGAAGGUUUCUAUUUGAUUUACUUUGACCUUUAUUAAACCAGGAAUGUCUCUUAUCUUCAAAAAAUGAUGAAAAUAUAUAAUAAUAUGUGCAUAUGUGCAGUUGUUACUCUCAUGUAAUUGUAUGCUGCAAAAUAUUGGAAAUAUUGUUCAAAAAUCGAGUUCAGACCAAAACACCUCUAGCUAAGAAAUCUGUUAGUUUUUUCAAUAUUUUUUAAAACCUUUCUAGCAAAGUAUUAGAUGUUUUAUGUAUUUGACACAGUAAUCAGCAAUGUUAUCCAAGCAGCCACUGUAUAAGAAAUACCUUUACUUUACCUACACCUAUUUACAGUAACACCUGAGCAAAAUCCAUGCCAGUGCGUCACUGAUAUGCAGAGUCUAACCACCGUCAUUAAACCUCCAACCUUCAUCGAGCCGCUGCCGAGAAGCCGUGAGGAAUUGUCGUCAGAGAGGUUUCUUCGCCAGCUCAGAGGGAGCAAUCUAAAAAAGUCCAAAGUUCAACAAGCAAAAGAGACAAAUAUGAGGCUGGUUAGAGAGCAGCGCCUGUCCAGUGUUCUCCACCAGCAGAGCUGCACCACCCUGCCUCCGGCUACAGGUAGGACAUCAUGAAUAUCAGCAGAGAAUUGACAAGAUGGAGAUGGAGAUGACUGUUCUGAAACCUGCUAAAAGAGUGGGCAUACUGAAGGGGGGUGAAAGCCGCACCCAGAGCAGCUCCAUCGGGGCCGUGCGCUGGAACCUGCCCGAGGAGGACGUGCAGAUCCACAGCUCGGCCCCCAGCAGAUCCGCCAUAAACCUCACUCACCGCUCACAGCAACACUCUCGUCAAAACAGCCUGAAGGAUCUCCGCAGCCUGCAGGAGUGUGUGCAGUUCAUCCAUCACUGGAAGGAGCAAGUGGACCAAAUCUGCAAGCAGGGCGAUGAGGAUCCAGACGAGGGUCCCAGUAAGAAAGAAGCCCAGAGUGCAGACCGGCGUACUGAGCGCAGUCUGGAGGAGAGCAGGAAACUGAUCCUGGAGUGGGCCGACGAACUCCACCACGUCGACAAGUUCCUGAAGGAGAUGCCCUCGGUGUUGGAGAGCGAGGAAAAUAAGGAGAAGGAAAAGAACGCCAGCGAGGAGCCACAGAUGAGGAUCAUGGAGUGGGCAAAAGAGCUACAGACAGCGACUGAGAGUUGUGGUGUGGAGAGCGAGGAGCUGGGCAGAGUGCUGAGUCAGCUGGGCCUGAAGAAGAAGCGCCUGGGAAACGUGUUGCCUCUGCUGGAGUUCAUCACCUGGUCGCUGCUCAAGGAAGACAGCACGAAAAUGAUUCCACAGCUGUGGUUACUGGCAAAACAACGGACUUGGAAAGCCGGGAUUUCAAGAUACAUCCCCAACUCAGUCUGGAGUUGGAUUUGCGGCGCAGCAGCUGAUGUGAUCCUGGACCCCAUGACCAACCACCCCUGGCUGCAUAUGUCGGAGGACCAGGUCCAGGAGGGCCUCUCGGAGUCUGAGCUGCCUUACAGCCCCCAGCGUUUCGACAACUGGCCCUGCGUGUUGGGGUGGGAAGGCUACAGCAGCGGGCGCCACUACUGGGAGGUGGACAUAUCCAAAAACGGCUUCUGGCGUCUGGGAGUGACCACCGCAGACUCCAAGCGUCUCGGCCGGUUCCCCAUGACCCCCAAACAGGGCUACUGGGUCCUGUGGCGCAGCAACAACAAUUUUUACGCCUGCACCAAGACGGAGACCAUUCUGCCCAUCGGCAUGGUGCCCAAACGCAUGGGGGUCUACUUAGACUACGAGGAGGGCCAGAUCUCCUUCUACAACGCAGAGACAAAGUCCCACAUCUACACCUUCACUGGGAGCUUCAGGGGGAAGCUGUACCCUCUGUUCGCCCCACUGGGGGGGCGCACUCUCUUGACACUAGUCCAUCAUUCAACUACUCGGAGAAAUUCUGAAGAGGAUUCUAAGUAAAUUGCAAAUACCGAACCAAAAAGAGGAAUAGGAUUUUUGAUCCUUUGUUUUUGGGGCGGAAUUUCACCUGAAUUGACCUACCUUAAAUGUCGCUUUAAACAGUUGCUGUCUAAUAUUCCUCUUCGAAUGAAAUCUCUGACUGAACAGUGAUACGCAAACUGCAAUGACAUAAGUGGAGAUUUCGAUCAGAAACAAAAACAUUGAAACUAAACUUUGUGUGAAGUAUUUAUUUUGUAUCAUGGAAUUCUUUGAAAAUUACACUUAAUUUCCAGAAAAAUCCAUAAAUAUGUGUGAACAUGAAAGUGUAACACAUCCUGUAUCCAAGCACUUUAUAAUGCACUUUCAGAAAUGCACAUAAUAAAUAUGUAUAUAUACAUAAUGUGUUUUUCAUCCUUAUCUCUGACAUCAACGUACAUCUUUGUACAUUUUACUUUAGCCUCUUACAAAGCUGAUUUCUCCUUUGCAUGACACAGUAUAUUUAUAUCAAUGUUUUAUAUUUUAAAGGAAUAUAAAAUGUGUGAACAUGUGUGUCAGGACUCUCUCUUACAAGCCCAGGGUCCGUCAGUCUCACAGCUGGAGGCGAAGAGCCUCCCGCCCCCCCGCAGGUCUGCACAGUCCCUGUCAUCAGCGUCCCACUCCACCGUCACCCUUCAAAGGGACAAAGUGGUAAUGUGUUUUUUAUCCCAAAAAAGAAUCUGUAAUAACAUACUGAGAGUUGUGUUGAUAUAUGUACUCAAAUGUCAACGAAUACAAUCAGUUGGAUGCCAAUGUUUAUAUGUAAAUGCUUGUUUAUAUGUAAAUGCU